CAUCAGUAUCCGUGGAGGCGUUGGUACAAGUGGUCGUCAGCGCUGUUCCCGACCUCAUCAGUCGCUUGACAUUCAUCAUUUAAGAUUAGUGAUAAGUGUAUAGAAUUUUAUUAAGGCGGGUGAUUUGGGGGAGAGGGAGAAAAAGAAAUAUAAGAGUGGAAUUGGUAGGUAAUGAACGCGCGAGUGAUUUGAACAGAGGAGUAUGGCGGAGAUGGAGCCUCCCAAGUUUUACACUGGAAUACCCACACUCAAGCUCUAUACCGGACCCAACGUCUACAGAAGCCCUCGCUUACCCUUCCUACCCCCCUGUAUGUACUUGAGAGUCACUCAAGCUAGGAGUCGAGGUUUUGGGUUUAUCACAUUUGGAGAUGCUAGCAGUGUUGAGAAGGUUAUUGCUGUCCCCAACCAUGUACUUGAUGGCAAGAAGAUUGACCCCAAACAUGCCACACCUAAGAAUAAAGGACGUACUAACCGCACCAAAAAAAUCUUUGUGGGUGGUGUCAGUCAAGAGACCAGUGCUGAUGAGGUGAAAGCUUACUUUUCAUCUUUUGGCAAGGUUGAGGAAGCAGUGAUGCUUAUGGAUAAUCAGACCAAGCGACAUCGUGGAUUUGGGUUUGUCACUUUUGAGUGUGAAGAUGUAGUUGAGCGUGUGUGUGACAUUCACUUCCAUACUAUCAAGAACAAGAAGGUUGAGUGCAAGAAAGCCCAGCCUAAAGAGGCAGUACAGGCAGCCUCUCUACUUUCAAAGAGGCUAUAG